CGGCUCAAAUUCAAAAUUCUACAACUCAUUUUCAUACAAUGGCCGCCGUGUACAAAUCGCUUUCCAAGGGGGCCAAUGGCCAAAAACCCGAAGCGCCUGCAAAUGGUGUCCGAAAGAACAAGCAAAGAGUUUUAAUUUUGUCUUCCAGAGGCGUUACCUAUAGACAUAGGCACUUAUUAAACGACCUUGCGUCCAUGCUCCCUCAUGGAAAAAAGGAUGCGAAAUACGAUUCGAAAUCGAAAUUAUAUCAACUUAACGAGCUUGCUGAGCUCUACAACUGUAACAAUGUUCUAUUUUUCGAGGCGCGCAAGGGUAAAGAUUUAUAUGUCUGGCUCAGCAAGGUCCCCAAUGGCCCGACAGUCAAGAUGCACCUUCAAAACCUGCAUACUAUGGAAGAGUUGCACUUCACGGGCAACUGCUUGAAGGGCUCGAGACCCGUUCUAUCAUUCGACGCCGCCUUCGAUAAGGAACCCUACCUACAAGUCAUUAAGGAACUUUUCCUCCACACUUUCGGCGUGCCGCAAGGCACUCGGAAAUCUAAGCCGUUUAUAGAUCAUGUCAUGGGUUUCACAUUCGCGGAUGGAAGGAUAUGGGUGCGAAAUUACCAGAUCAAGGAGUCUGAGGCUACAACAACGAACUCCGGAGAGGAUGGAAAUAUGGAUGUGGAUGCUAAGUCCUCUAAGGGCCGAAAUAAGGAGCUCGAUAUCAGCUUAGUCGAAAUUGGUCCGCGAUUCGUCUUAACGCCUAUCGUCAUACAAGAAGGAUCUUUCGGUGGUCCGAUUAUCUACGAGAACAAGGAGUUCGUCUCGCCGAACCAGGUCAGAGCUGACCUACGGAAGAGAAGCGCUACGAAGCACAAUGCUCGCGCGGAGCAGUACGUUGAGAGACUAGCUAAGAAGGGAGAUCUGGGCUUGCGGACUAGUGGUGGCAAGCAGAUGCCAGUAGAUGCGUUGGACACAAAAGAACUCUUCGCCUGAGCGGUGUCUCUUGUUCGUUGGCGUUCUUGGCGUUUGCAUGACACCCAGGUAUUGGUAAAAUUCCCCGGCAGAGAUGCUAUUCAUAAUUGAGAUUAUCUUACGCGGCAAAUGGCUCUAUUACACAAUCAAGUGAAUAUCUGCGGCCCGUCUCGAGUCUCCAUAUGUUGACUGGUUCCAUACCCAAAUAUAUGGAAUCCGAUAUGUAAAAUACUAACCCAGUGAUUGGUAUCAACUCUUGAUGCGAUCUCUCAAUUAUUAGUAGUAUGAUAAUGCAGUAAGUUAUGAAACUUCAGUUUCAUAAUAUUUUCAUAAUUAGAAUGCCAAGAUUCAGUAUAAUCUUAU